GUUGCUGGAGCAGCACUGUUGAUCAACAUGAUAAAGUCGUACUUUGCAUCCUCUGGCAAAAGGCGCUAUAUAAACCCAGCUACUGCAGAACACCUGUCAGACUGGACUUGCCGAUGUGACCAAAGCUUUACCACUGCAUAUAAAAGUAUUUUGGAAAAAUGGACCAGAACUCAGAGGAAUUGGCCCCAGUGGCCAAGGAACUGAAGGAGAAAGAACUCCAAGAAGGCGAGAUUGAGAAUGAAACAGGAAGGAAAGAUCGCGGGACCUGGACCAGCCAAUUGGACUUUCUUCUGACCUUGAUAGGAGCAUCUGUGGGACUUGGAAAUGUUUGGCGAUUCCCUUAUUUGUGUUACAAGAACGGAGGAGGAGCGUUCCUGAUUCCUUAUUUCAUCUGUUUGAUUCUCGGUGGGAUUCCGCAGUUGAUUCUUGAGGUCGGUCUUGGGCAAUGGACCAAUCAGGCUGCCGUCACUUCCUGGGACAUCUGCCCGAUCUUCAAAGGUCUCGGCCCUGCUGGGAUGUUUAUCCAGUUCUUCUUCGACAUCUACUACAUUGUCAUCAUGGCGUGGGCCUGCUAUUACAUGUUCAUGUCGUUCACAUCCAAGCUACCAUACUCCCACUGCGACAACGAGUGGAAUACUCCUUGCUGCUUUGCAACGGGCGAUAUCGGCGUUGACAAGGCGAAUGACACCACUGUGAUGACGACGGCCGCAAUGUCAUACGACCCGACCGGGGCACAGUCCACCAACGUCACCGAGCAUUGCAAUGAAACAGUUUCAUCGACUGUUGAAUUCUGGGAUCGUAAGAUUCUCCAGAUACAUUUAUCAGAUGGCAUCCAUGACCUCGGUGGCAUCAACUGGCAGCUCUUACUCUGCAUGUUCCUCGCCUGGUUUAUAUGCUAUCUAUGCAUUUGCAAAGGUGUCAAGACAUCGGGAAAGGUGGUCUACUUCACAGCGCCAUUCCCGUAUAUCCUUCUGACUAUCCUGUUGGUUAGGGCUGUCACCCUACCCAAUGCUCUGGAGGGCAUUAUAUAUUAUCUUAAGCCAGACAUCACAAGACUUAGCGACAGCCAGGUAUGGAUGGAUGCUGCGACACAAAUCUUCUUUUCAUAUUCCCUUGGACACGGAGUUCUUAUUGCUCUGGGUAGCUACAACAGACACAAACAUAACUUCAUUAGGGACUCCUUGAUAUUCACUGCUGCUAAUUCUGGAACCAGCCUCUAUGCUGGGUUUGUCAUUUUUGCAGUACUCGGAUUCAUGGCCGGCCAGCAGGGUGUCAAUGUAUCAGUGGUAGCAAAGUCAGGUCAGUGUUUCAUAAAGCAGUUCGUAGGUUAAAAGACAAGUCUACCCCAACCAUUAGUUAAUUUGAAUAAAAAGAGAAAAAUCCAACAAGCAUAACACUAACAAUUUUAUCAAAAUCGGAUGUAAAAUAAGAAAGUUAUGACAUUUUAAAGUUUUGCUUAAUUUCACAAAACAGUUAUAUGUACAUCCUGGGCGGUAUGCAAAUGAGGACACUGAUGACAUCAUCCACUCACUAUUUAUCUUGUAUUUCAUUAUAUGAAAUAUGAAAUAUUCUAAUUUUCUCCUCAUCGUCAAGUGAAACAAAGAUUAAUUCCUCCCUGAACAUGUGGAAUUUGCAUUGUUUUAAUACUAUAUGGUUCAGUCAAGUUGGUCCUUAUUGUCAAAUCUGUAAAAAAAUGAAAUAUUGUAUAAUUUAAACAAUAAAAAAACAAAACAAAUAGUGAGUGAUGGACAUCAUCGACUGUCUCAUUUGCAUGGCACUGAGAUGUGCAUAUAACUGUUUUGUGAAAAAUAAGCGAAACUUUAAAAUGUCAUAACUUUCUUAUUUUACAUCCGAUUUUGAUGAAAUUUUUAACGUGUUUGCUCGUUGGAUUUUUCUCUAUUUAUUCAAAUCAUCAUUUUCUGGGGUAGACUUGACCUUUAAGAAAGACUUUAAGAAGGACUGGUGAUCCUUUCUUGUAGUAAAUGGUAGAAUAAAUUGGCGACGGCUUAACGCCUAAGAAAGGAUCACCAGCAGUAGCGUACCUAUAAUUUUUCACAGGGGGGGGGGGCAUAAUCGUCCGCCAAAAAAUUUGACAAGCAAAAAAAAAAAAAAAGGAUCUUCUUCAACUUCAAAGGAGGGCACUGGUUGCUCGUCACGGAUCAGUUAUGACUCGUCAGGGAGGCAGGGAUAGGUAGGUCCCUUGCAUGGGUUGUGACUCGUCAGGGGGGCAGUCUGCCCCCACCCCCCCCCCUAGGUACGCUAGUGAUCACCAGUCGUUCUUAUUCACAACC